CUUCUAAGUUUCUAAGUCCAAAAACUUAACUUUUAUACAAUUUCACACUAGAGUAAAAUAACCCUAAUAAUAAUUUUUUAUUUUCCAAUUUAAUCCUCAAAUAGAGAUUGGUAACCAUAUUUUAACUUUCAUAUUUCCCUCCAAAAAAUCUCAACUUUUCUCAAUGGGUGCUAUUCCCUUUUCCCUCUUCUUUCCAUCUUCCAAAACCUCCAUUGAAGAGAAGCAAGAAGAGAGAGAAAGACCAUGAUUUUUGACAAACCCAGAAAUGAGAAAUGCAGUUCAACACACUAUCAAUUUCACCCGCACCAAUUUCCCGGAUAAAAUAGACGUCAAGGCAUUAGCCAACCGCUACGCCGCCGCGCUCCAACGAUGCUUCCCGCCAAGCCCCACCUCGCAGUCCCUUGCUCGGACCAUCCAUGCCCACAUGAUAACUUCUGGGUUCAACCCAAGAGGCCAUAUUAUCGACCGCCUGAUUGAUGUAUACUGUAAAUGCAAAAAUCUAGGGUAUGCACACCAAGUGUUUGAUAAAAUUCCCCAACCAGAUAUUGUAGCGAGAACCACUAUAGUGUCUGCUUACUGCAAUUUGGGGGAGAUGAAGGAGGCAAGAAGGAUUUUUGAUGAAAUCCCAUUUCAUAUUCGUGAUGUUGUGUGUUAUAAUGCUGUGAUCACAGGGUAUAAUCAUAACAGUGAUGGUGUUUCUGCUAUUCAAUUGUUUGGGGACAUGUUGAGGGAUGGUGUUAGGCCUGAUCAUUUUACUUAUAGUAGUGUUCUUAGUUCUUUAAGUUUGAUUGCAGAUGAUGCAAGGCAGUGUUACCAGCUGCAUUGUGCCGUGGUGAAGUCUGGAACAGGGUGCUCUACCUCGGUGUUGAAUGCACUUAUAUCGCUGUAUGUGAAGUGUGCUUCUUCGCCUUUUGUUGCAUCUAGUUCAUUGUUGGGUGUGGCUCGGGAACUCUUUGAUGAGAUGCAAGGGAAGGAUGAGCUGACAUGGACAACAAUGAUUACUGGGUAUGCAAGGAAUGAUGACCUUGAUUCAGCACGAGAAGUUUUUGAUUCAACCGGUGUUAAGGUUGUGGCUGUGUGGAAUGCAAUGAUUUCGGGUUAUGUGCACCAUAGUUUGUAUCCAGAGGCUUUGGACCUUUUUAGAAGGAUGAAUGCUGAAGAAAUUCAGCACGAUGAAUAUACAUAUACAAAUGUUCUUGGUGCCUGUGCUGAUUCUGGUAUGUUUUGGCAUGGAAAGGAGAUACAUGCUCGCAUUUUGCGGAAGGAAGAUAGAGUAAGACACAGAGUUGAAGUCCAAUCUUCUAUAAAUAAUGCAUUGGUCACAUUAUACUCUAAAUGUGGCAGAAUUCGUGAAGCUCGGCAUAUUUUUGAAGAGAUGCAUGUAAGAGAUAUAGUUUCCUGGAAUGCAGUAUUGUCAGGCUAUGUGACUGCUGGCCAGAUUUUAGAAGCGAAAGAAUUCUUCAACAAAAUGCCAGAGAAGAACCUUUUGACCUGGGCUGUGAUGAUAGCAGCAUAUGCACAAAGUGGAUUAGGAGAAGAAAGUAUUAAGCUACUUAAUAAGAUGAGGAUGGAAGGAUUUCAGCCGUGUGAUUAUACAUAUGCUGGGGCAUUGACGGCCUGUUCAAAUCUUGGAGCACUAGAUCAAGGGAGGCAGCUUCAUGGUCAAGUAAUUCGCUUUGGAUAUGAGUCGAGCCUUUCAGUGGCAAAUGCUCUGAUAACAAUGUAUGGAAGAUGUGGUGUGGUUGAGGAUGCUGACUUAAUGUUUUCCACCAUGCCUUCUAUAGAUUCUGUUUCUUGGAAUGCCAUGAUUGCAGCUUUUGGGCAGCACGGAGAUGGCCGUCAAGCAUUGGAACUCUUUGAGCAGAUGCUUAAAGCUAAGAUACUACCUGAUCGGAUUACAUAUCUUACUAUUAUCACUGCAUGUACUCACUCUGGGUUGGUCGAUGAAGGGAGGCAUUAUUUUCAUUCCAUGCAUAAAUAUCAUAUUUCUGCUGGAGAAGAUCAUUAUGCGAGGAUGAUCGACUUGUUUUGUCGUUCAGGAAAGUUCCAGGAAGCUGAGGAACUGAUCAAUAAAAUGCCUUUUGAGCCAAAAGCACCUAUCUGGGAAGCUCUUCUUGCUGGAUGCCGGAUUCAUGGGAACUUAGACCUUGGUAUAAAAGCUGCUGAAAAACUAUUGGACUUAAUUCCACAACAUGAUGGUACCUACAUACUGUUAUCAAAUAUGUAUGCUGCAGCUGGCCAGUGGGUUGAUGUGGCAAGGGUGAGGAUGUUAAUGAGAGAGCAAGGUGUGAAAAAAGAGCCUGCUUGUAGUUGGAUAGAUGUCGAAAAUAAGGUUAAUGUAUUCUUGGUGGAUGAUACUUCACACCCAGACGUACAAGAAGUGUACGACUAUCUUGAGCAAUUGGGACCGAAAUUAAGGGAACUGGGAUAUGUUCCUGAUACUAAGUAUGUGUUGCAUGAUAUGGAGACAGAGCAGAAAGAGCACAGUUUGACUACUCACAGUGAAAAACUUGCAGUUGCUUAUGGGCUCUUAAAGCUUCCUGUAGGAGCCACAGUUAGGGUAUUUAAGAACCUCAGGAUAUGUGGGGACUGCCACAAUGCAAUCAAGUACAUUUCGAAAAUAGUACAGAGAGUAAUAGUUGUGAGAGAUGUCAAGAGAUUUCAUCAUUUUAAAAAUGGUAAAUGCUCUUGUGGUGAUUACUGGUAAAGUAGUUUUUGUGAGAUUCAGCUAUAGCCGCAAGAAGGAAUGAAUUUGAAUUUGGAGCUCUACUUAAUUGGGGUUUUCUUGAAAACGUUGAAUUGUGAUGUCAUCUACCUGGAAGCUCAGCAAUAUUAAGAAGAAACCCCCCAUUGUGGUAACAUGCAACAAUUCUGUGUCGUGGCUCUGCUGCUCUGUUUUAACUUUUGCAGUGUUCUUUGGAUAAUUUGAUGUAUAUCAAAGCUUACAAACAGGGAUCUUUUUCAAUUUGAUGGAGAAAUACUCAAACUUACAAAUUAGAUACAAUUAAUGCAGCCUGGUCCUGGCCAUACAUAGGCUUUGUGAA